AUGCAUCCUCAAGACAAUACUGUGAAGUUACAAUCUGGGACUGCAGUUGUAGCCCUAAAAUGUGCUGCAGAAGGCUUUCCGCCUCCAGUUAUAAUCUGGUUAAGAAACAACUCGACAGUCGUCAACGACUCCGUGACUAGCAAUGGAAAUGUUUCUACUCUCAUCCUUGUUUUACGUACUAUAAAGGAAGACGAUCCUAAGUAUAUGUGUGUGGCAACAAAUGCAAUGGGAAGAACUUAUUCCAGCGAAGCAGCGUUGACUUUCGCAGAGAAACCCACUACAAAAUCUCUAUCAACCCUAAAAGGUAACAAAAUAAAAUAUGUUCCAAGCUUUCAAGAGGCUUUAAAGUCUGUUAUAUUGAACACAGUUUUGAUAAUAAACCGACUGCUUUCGUCUCAGCCGUUCAGCCGGACGAUCAUACCCAACCUACUUAUGAAAUGACUCCUGGGUUCAAACCUUUCACGGUAACAAACAGAUUAAGAAUUUAAUUUAAUUGCUGUAAAUGAAAGAGUGGACUUACAAUGGAUUACAAUGGGAAACAGCGCAACCGGACACAUGGGAAUGGUUCGAGAAACAGAGUGUUCGUUGAAUAUAAAUGCUACGCUAGAAAAUUUACCGAUUCGACAUGUGGGACAGCAAGUGUCUUGGUUCGAAGACCAUCUCUCUCACCGCGUCUAAAGGGUCGCCGUUCUCGGCGUCAACUCUGAACCUCUCCCUGUAUUAUCAGGCGUGCUGCAAUGAUCAAAACUUGGACCACUCUUGUUCCUCAUCGUAUAUAAGGUGGUCUUCUCGAGCUCUCAAUUUAAUCCUUGACAUAGAAGAUUUUAGCAGCGCACAAAAAAAUUCAUGUUGUCUGUGCCGUAGCGGUCCGAACCAAGCAAAGGUUAUAAAAAAAUGAGCUUUCUUCCUAUUAAGAACGUUGCAUCCCUUUUAACUGCUGUAAAUGCACUGUCUUUUAAAAAAGGAUUCAAUCACAAAAAUACCUCAUUUUCUCGACUUUUCGUAAGCCAUAACAUUCAUCUGACCCAAAUGACAGAUUUCCCUACUGUUUUAUAGUUUAACUAGUGAAAUCCAUGACAACUGAUCAAAGAUAUGCUAGGCACCAAGUUAGCUAAAGUCUGUUAUGUUUAAUCGUUUCUAAAACUAGAGACUAACAGCCAUGUGCCUAUUGAUCAGGUUCCUGAUGGAGCUUAAUCCGCCGCAUUAUUUGGCCAUUCUAAUCUGGAUCUACGCUAUCCUGAAAUAAAGUACAUCUAUUUAAGCUUACAAAAUUACAGACGUAAAUCUGUUAGAGGAUCGGAAUGCUUGGUGAUGUGCCCCGGGGUCAGGGGGUCAUCAAUCCCCGAGGUCCAACCCCUUACUUUUAUAUAUACCAUUUUUGACAGAAAAGGUACCCCUUUUCUGCAUUCCAAAAAUGGUACCCCUUUCACAUACAUGUUUAAGAACUUUACAUCCGUUUCGAUUUCUGUAAAAGCAUUGUCUUAUAUAUAUGAACACGUCCGACAAAACCCGCUGAACGUUUUCCUGACGUUUUCACAGCCAUAAAAUACAGACCGAUUUAGCAAAUUUCCCUACCCUUUCAUAUACUUCAGCCUAACUGAAAUUCCUACCCUCUCAUAUACCUGAAGCCUAAAAAAGGUUCCCCGUUCAGAGGAAGCCUCCUCGUUUUGGCCUUUAUAUAGGUUGCACGAAUAGGUUGACUCCAUGCUCUAACGAAAACUGGACGUACUGCUAAUAUUAAACAUGAACACAAACAAGCAAUCAAUUCCACCGAUCAGGAAAAGACUGAGCAUUUACAACUAGUACUAUAGCCCGGUAAAGAAAGUAAGAGAUAAAUAUUGUAUGGAUAUCAACAACCACAUGUUCACUUCUCGUUGAAAUGUUUAUCUCGAGAUUGCUAUUUAUAGAUGAUACUUCAGCUUCAACAAGCGACGAUCAUUUCCUUCUCCUGUGGAUCUUAGUUGCUGCAACAGGAGUUUUAUUGUUUGUGAUGGUGUUACUGAUAUUGGUGAUCUAUAAGAAGAACAGAAAUGCUGCGUUUAGCGUCGAAAAAGAGGUAAAAUGAAGAAAGGAUUACGCAUUACUUGACAUUGACAUGCAAUAACGACACAGUAUGAAUUGCUUAGUAUGAGUUACUUAAUUGCUAUUUAUUUUGUCAAUACUAUUUAUGACUAAAGGUAUUCCUGACCUUCAAUCGGCGAAAAAAUUGCUGAGACCUGUCCUCAAAUAGUGUUCGGAGAACAAAACAUUCAACACCGCUUCCCUACAUUCAAAGUUAGGGUUUUGACUUUGUUGUUUCCUUCAGGUAGCUUUAACAUCGACAUGAUGUUACCUGGAGGAGUUGGGGGUGGAAAGCUUUCUUCUCCCUUUAAAAGCUUAGAAAUUGUUUUAAGUGAAAAGUGUCAAAGCUAAUUUUGUGGCCGAUUCUACACUUCAGCUACACCGCUCGUUAUUUGCAACUUCGUAAGAGCCCUAUGUUAUUAAUCGGUAGCCAGUAGGCCAAGAGCGAAAGCAGAUUUGGUUAUAUUAGAAAACGUUGUCAAGUCGUACUCUACUAGCCGUAGAACAUCUUACAGUCCCCCCCCCCCCGCUUUCCCCCGGCCUCACCCAUUUUACAUGUUCCUACUCACUUGCACUUCCCCUAUGAUAUUUUAUGCUAACGUCAAAGUUUGUAUUCUUUUUUACACAGAUCAUCAAAGAACAAAGAUAUUCAAACCUUUACAUCAACAGAGAUGCUAUCAAUCAGCAACUGCCCAGUUCUCAAUAA